GUCGGUGAGAGGAGCUGCAGCUGACGCCACGGAGCCAGCCCAACUCUCUUCAGAGAAGAUCCGCCCAUCGAGGCCAUGGAGGUAGAGUCUCCGGAGGACCGGUCCCCAGCCCCGGGCUACAAGCGCUCAGGCCGCCGCUAUAAGUGUCUGUCCUGUACCAAGACGUUUCCAAAUGCACCCCGGGCAGCACGCCAUGCUGCCACGCAUGGGCCUGCAGACUGCACUGAGGAGAUGGCCGAGGUGAAGCUGAAACCAGAGACAGACCCCAAAGCAGAAGAUGCUAGUGGGGACAAGGUGUCAGGUGCAGCGGCCAAGCCUCGGCCCUAUGCUUGCCCGCUGUGCCCCAAAGCCUAUAAAACAGCACCAGAGCUGCGCAGCCACGGGCGCAGCCACACGGGCGAGAAGCCCUUCCCUUGCCCCGAGUGCGGCCGCCGCUUCAUGCAACCCGUGUGCCUGCGCGUGCACCUGGCCUCACACGCUGGCGAGCUGCCCUUCCGCUGUGCGCACUGCCCCAAGGCCUACGGUGCGCUCUCCAAGCUAAAGAUCCACCAGCGCGGUCACACGGGCGAGAGGCCCUACACCUGCGCCGACUGUGGCAAGAGCUUCGCCGACCCCUCGGUGUUCCGCAAACACCGGCGCACGCACGCAGGCCUGCGACCCUACAGCUGCGAGCGCUGUGGCAAAGCCUAUGCAGAGCUCAAGGACCUUCGCAACCAUGAACGGUCCCACACGGGCGAGCGCCCUUUCCUCUGCUCAGAGUGCGGGAAGAGCUUCUCCCGCUCUUCCUCGCUGACUUGCCACCAGCGCAUCCACGCGGCGCAGAAGCCCUACCGCUGUCCAGCCUGUGGCAAGGGGUUUACGCAGCUCAGUUCCUACCAGAGCCACGAGCGCACGCACUCAGGCGAGAAGCCCUUCCUGUGCCCGCGCUGUGGCCGCAUGUUCUCCGACCCCUCAAGCUUCCGGCGCCAUCAGCGGGCACACGAGGGCGUGAAGCCCUACCGCUGUGAGAAGUGCGGCAAGGACUUUCGGCAGCCGGCCGACCUGGCCAUGCAUCGGCGGGUGCACACGGGCGACCGACCGUUUAAGUGCCUGCAGUGUGACAAGACAUUCGUGGCGUCCUGGGACCUCAAGCGGCACGCGCUGGUGCACUCGGGCCAGCGGCCAUUCCGCUGCGAGGAGUGCGGGCGAGCCUUCGCGGAGCGAGCCAGCCUUACUAAGCACAGCCGGGUGCACUCGGGUGAGCGCCCCUUCCACUGCAAUGCUUGCGGAAAAUCCUUCGUGGUCUCAUCCAGCCUGAGGAAGCACGAGCGGACCCAUCGAAGCAGCGAGGCCACACGGGCUCCCGCGCAACAGGAGCUGGUGGUGGAGCUGGCACUACCGGUCAGCAUGGCUGGCGAGGGCUCAGCCGCCCCAGCAUCAGGGGCGGCGCUCGGAGACCCUCCAGCUGGGCUGCUGGGGCUGCCCCCGGAAUCGGGUGGUGUGAUGGCUACCCAGUGGCAAGUGGUAGGCAUGACGGUGGAGCACGUGAAGUGCCAAGGGGUUGGGGAGGCUCCUGGUCCCAUGGGGGCGGCAGGUGAGGUGGGGGUUGAGGAGGUGGAUGAGAAACCACCCCAGUUUGUGUGUCGGGAGUGCAAGGAGACGUUCUCCACGCUGACAUUGCUGCGACGGCAUGAGCGCUCACACCCAGAGCUCCGGCCCUUUCCCUGCACCCAGUGCGGCAAGAGCUUCUCAGACCGGGCUGGGCUACGCAAGCACAGCCGCACCCACAGCUCUGUGCGCCCAUACACCUGCCCCCACUGCCCCAAGGCCUUCUUGAGUGCCAGCGACCUGCGCAAGCACGAACGCACCCACCCUGUGCCCAUUGGAACCCCCACGCCCCUCGAGCCCCUCGUGGCUUUACUAGGAAUGCCUGAAGAGGGACCAGCCUGAGGUCCAGGUCCCCUCUGCCACACUCCUGGGAACCUUGCCCCUAUGAGGUGCUUCCCGAACCCCAAUUUGCCCCAGAUCACUCUUAGACUUCAGAUCCAUCUCUGUGCCCAGGCAGCUAGCUCAUCUUCCUGACAAAGCUGGGGACAGUGGUGGCCAGUAGCAGUUGGCGGGAGACCUGGCUCCCUCCAAGCACCACUCAUUAAAGCAU